GCGGGUCGGUGCGCGCGCCAACGCCCUUCAGCGCUGGCUCGGCCGAGACGGGAGCGGCUCUUUCUCUCCGCCACAGCCCUGAGCGCGGCACCGACCGGGUGCGGCCCGGCCCCACAGCCCGGCGGACCCAGGUUUUGAGGUGCAUUCUCGUGUUGAUAGUCUGACAUCUCCACCCUCUUCUGCUUCUGCUAUACACUGCUCUUGUCCCACUGCCAGCCACCAUGGAUAAGACCGAGUUGAUCCAGAAAGCCAAGCUGGCUGAGCAAGCCGAGCGCUACGAUGACAUGGCCACCUGCAUGAAGGCAGUAACGGAGCAAGGUGCCGAGCUGUCCAACGAGGAGCGCAAUCUCCUCUCCGUGGCUUACAAGAACGUGGUGGGGGGGCGACGCUCGGCCUGGAGGGUCAUCUCCAGCAUCGAGCAGAAGACAGACACCAGUGACAAGAAGAUGCAGCUUAUCAAGGACUAUCGGGAGAAGGUGGAGUCUGAGCUCAGGUCCAUCUGCACCACGGUGCUGGAGCUCUUGGACAAAUAUUUAAUAGCUAAUGCAACUAAUCCAGAGAGCAAGGUAUUCUACCUGAAGAUGAAGGGAGACUACUUCCGAUACCUUGCUGAGGUUGCCUGUGGUGAUGACAGAAAACAAACAAUAGAAAACUCACAGGGAGCUUAUCAGGAGGCAUUUGAUAUCAGCAAGAAGGAGAUGCAGCCAACACAUCCAAUUCGCUUGGGUCUAGCUCUUAACUUCUCUGUAUUUUAUUAUGAGAUUCUCAACAAUCCUGAGCUUGCCUGCACACUGGCAAAAACAGCGUUUGAUGAGGCAAUUGCAGAACUUGAUACACUGAACGAAGACUCUUACAAAGACAGUACUCUCAUCAUGCAGUUGCUUAGAGACAACCUAACAUUAUGGACAUCAGACAGCGCAGGAGAAGAAUGUGAUGCUGCAGAAGGUGCAGAAAACUAAACUGCACGUGGGGUGUCAUUCUCCCUUUCCUUCUCAAGAAACCUUUUUACACGUCUCCAUUCCUUAUAGCUCCACUUGGAUUUCCUAUAGCAAAGAAAACCCAUCCAUGUGUAUGGAAAUCAAUUUAUAGUCUUUUCACACUGCAGCUUUGGGAAAACUCCAUUCCUUGAUUUGUGUUUGUCCUGGCCUUCCUGGUGUGCGGUUACUGCUGUAGAAAAGUAUUAAUAGCUUCAUUUCAUAUAAACACGAGUAACUUCCAAACACUUAUGUAGCGGACUAAAGUGUACCUGGUAUUUAAAAACAAAUCUGAACCAGUUCCUGCCAGUUGACUGUGUUUUGUAUUACAUUCAGAUAUGAAAAUGUAGUUAAUUGCAACUAAAGAGUGUUCCACAUAGCAUUUGAUUCUCCACAUUCCCUUCUUAUUCUGCAGGGUUUCCUUUCCAUAAUUGACUUUCACAUGCUACUGUGUAUUCGUUUCAGUAGGAAUAUGGAAGUUUUGGGCCAGAUCAAGUUGAGCAUUUAAAGUUUGGAAAACCACAAAUUGAGUUGCUUCCCGUAUCAUGUAAUACAGAAGCUUGUGUGUUCAAAAACAGGGGCUUCUCUUAAUCUUCAGUUGCUGCUGUUUGAUAUCCCUUCCCAAUAAAAGUUCACUUACACUCCUGCCUUUGUAGUUCUGGUAUUCACUUUACUAUGUAUUAGAAGCAGCAUGUUACUGCUGGAGUACAGGCAGUGCUUUUUGGCAGACUAAAGUGCAUGUCAUUUCUUAAUACACUGGAAUGGGAAAACCAAUUGAAGUUCACAUGUCCAAAUAUAAAAUUUAGUACUUUUCCAUGCAGGUUUGUGCACAUGUGAGAAGGUGUCAAGUUUGUCCAGUGAUUGUUAGAGAGUUUGGACCACUAUUGUGUGUUGCUAAUCAUUGAUUGUAGUCCCAAAAAAGCCUUGUGAAAAUGUUAUGCCCUCUGUAACAGCAAAGUAACAUUAAAUAAAAUUACAUUUUAUAAACCACCUACUGUUUACUUGUAACAAUUCCAUGUAAUAACUUAAGGGCUGAACUUAAAAAAGUAAGUAUCUUGUGCUGGAAAUGUCUUUCUCAACUUCAUUGCAUACUUCUUAAAAGUCUGCUUUUGAAUGAACUUGUUUGAAAAAAUACCCUAGUAUUUUCAUAGUUUAUCUGACAUGUGGACUUCUUAAUAACUAAAUUGGC